AUGUCAAACAAAUUUGUUGCUUUGUUGUUGGUAGUGUGCCUUGUAACUGUUGAAGGUCAUAAUAUUUCUAUUAAAUAUGGUGAAAAAGUAGUAUCUCCAGAAGAUUGCUUCAUUUAUUGCACCACUGCAAGUGUAUUGCCCAAAUUCAUUAAAAACCCCUUAUGUAAAUGGCGUUGUGAUAGUUUCGUCAUGUGGGAAUCUUAUGAUGGUUCCUUUGCAAGGAGGCAUGGUCCAGAAGUUGAUGCUCCUAGUUCUGUGGCCCCAGCUCCCAUAGGGCAAAUUGGAUUUGAGUAA